AUGGAGAAGAGGAAGAAUUGGGAACAGACUGUCGUUGAGCAGGAGAAUGGAGUUGUGAAGAGGGUUGAUAUAAGCGAGUACUGGGAAAGAAGAUUCAACUUUUAUUUCAAACUUAAAGCAAUGCUAGAAGGAGUAAUGGCGAAGCUUUCACCACAGCAACAGAAAGGCGACUUAAGAAAGUUGGUGAUCUAUCAUAAUGGGUUAUGGAAUUUUGACUAUGAUUUUAUGACUAAGGUAUCCAGAAAGAAGGUCUGUGAGGGAGUGGAAAAAGCUAACACAGGGAAGAUCAUUGAGAUGAGACUGUACAGCAAGAAUGGAACUGCUUGAGUUAAGUUAGACAGAACGACUUUUGUAUCCUCACUAAGAUGCAUUUCCAAGGUUUAUAAUAAGUUAGAAUUUUCUAGAAUGUGAUUCACAAGGAGACAAACGAAGCACCUGUUAAAUUCAAUAGUAAAACUAAGUGAAUUAAGAUUUUGUUCGUGAAAAAUUGAUUGAGAAGAUAUCAGCAUAAUGCCAGACAGAAAGAUUGAGAUUAAAUAUAUUAGAAUGUUUUCAUGCCUGUCGCAGAGAAAUUCACCAGAAGAUGCCCCUAUAGAUCUAGCAUCCCUCUUAAUUUGCAUGUCAGGAUCAUCAAUCUCCGAGUCUCUUCAGAGCCUGCUCUUAGACGAAUGCCACUUUUCAAAGGAAGAGAUCAUUAGCUGCUCAGAGCAUUGCUCAGGAAAAAUGAGGAUCGAGUGGUGGGAUGAAAGCGUACAAAGCUACAUCUCCUUCCCUAAAUCAAGAGCCAAAUACUAUAAGUUUUAGUCAAAAGAUUCUGAUUCAAUA